CUCUUUAAUCGCCAGCACCAGUUACUGAUUUCGUCUCUACUCAUUCUGCUGUCAAACAACCUGCAUGCUCUGGAGGUAAGUACACAUACAUGCGUAUAUUCUAGUACACUUACUGAUUAAUGUGUACUCAAAGUAGCGUUAAUUUGCUCGAUAUGGAAAAUUUGUAUUCGGAGGACAUAACUUAGGGGAAACCCCUCUGAUCCAGAUAAUGUGUAUUCAGAAUAGCGGCGUCCCUUCGCUGACUUUAUAAUAUACUAAAGUUAUAGUAGUAUUGUUGCCCUCCGUCGGAACUGAAGGGGAGGUUACACUAUUGUAAGGAAAUGACUGUUGCGCGUGCUCUGGUACAGACGGUUCACUACAAUUGCGGAUAGGGAAAAAUGUCUCCCGAUUAAUAACGGGUCCUUGUAAUUGAAGAAAAAGAUAAAGAGGUCAUGUUGAAUACAUAAACCUGUUCCAAUUUAAGAGGAGUCCUAAGUUAGAGUUGCUAAGCUCUUCAACACUAUUGAGUGCACAGUCUGAGGCUAAACAUACAUUGAUGCUCUCUCACUAGAUUACCACAGAUGACUGUGGAUCUGGAAAAGGAUGCUUUAGGUUUCCAGAAUCCUGCACUGACGACUGUAACUUCCUUGUGACGUACAACGCAACGGGUGGGGAUAAAGUGGAGUUCGAGCUGAGCGGCAAAGGGACCUGGGUGGCAGUAGGAUUUAGUGAUGACCGUGAAAUGGUAAUAUUAUCAGACAAGAGAGAAUGGCUAGGAUAAAAGUCUAGCGAUAAACCAGCAUAGGAUACUGGACAUAAGCGCCAUGUAAUCAUGCGUGUUUCAUUUAUGCUGAAAAUUUUGAAAAAAAAUGCUAUGAAAGAAAAUGAAAAGAUGAGUUUUGCAAAGCUGCAAUUAGAAUGCAUUGGAAGUCAGUCGUGAAAUCUUGCAGCAAAAUCAUGACAACCACAUAUGUAUCAUACAGUUCAUUGUGAUUAAUACGCCCAAAAUUGUCAUUGGUGUCAUUGCCCGUCGUAAAGCCAAAUCUUAACAAAUAACUGAACCGAAAAGUUCAGUCAAUCUCAAGGGCAUGACAACACCAGUGGCCAAGUCAACGUAUAACUGCGCUUAGUUUUGCCUAUGAUUGGCUUAGAGAAUGGUGCAAGUUUUCUAAUACAAUCAAAGAGUCGGUGCCGAAUAAGGAAACCCACAGAAACUCGAAAUACUUUCGAAAAUAUUGAAAAUCUUGCCAAAAGAUUUCACAAGAGUUACUGAGUAAACAUCAUUAAGAGUGUCAUUGAAAUUAGCAAAUGGAGAGUUCUGACGUGUGCAUUCGCAAUUCAGUGGUUCUUUUUCAUUAUUUUGACGCUUUGUACCUCUUCUUUUUUAUAUAGACCGAUACAGACAUUCUUCUUUGCGGAAAGUACUACUACGCUCAGUGGUCAUUAUUAUGCUGAAGCGGAGAGUAUUCCUACAAAGACUAAUCCAGUAAGUGCCAGCCUACACCUUAUGCCUCUGUCGAAUUUCAAAAUGAAUUCAAACACAUAGAAAUGGUUUUUGUUCCUCUAAAUUGAAUGUAGUUAUUUUCUGCUGAUGAUACAUUGAAAUUUGCUCGUACUACAAAUGACCAUAAGAUUCAUCUCCAGCCGGAUUAUUCAGGAAAAUUUUUGUUUCGUACAGGAUCCUGCAGCAGUGACGUUUCUUGAACAAGCAAAUGAAGGUGGAAUGGUCAAGUGCAGGUAGCUCUUUCCUUUAUUGAUACUAUAACGUUCAAUUUUCUCGUUCGUAUAUUAUUUAAUUACGGUUCAAUCUAGGUAUCAAGAGACGUUUGAGAACAGAAUAAUUACCCGUCAUAACGCAUAAGAAAAAACUAGACAGUUUUGGUAAAAAUCUCUGCAUGGUCGUAACAGUUUUUGUCUCCUAACACGUAAAGAAGACAUCACGAUAACGCCUGUUGCUUUCAAUCAAUCAAUCAAUCAAUCAAUCAAUCAAUCAAUCAAAGUUUAUUGUCUAACGUGAGGCAUGGUUGCCCAAUUGCCCGAGCCAGAGGCUCAUGUAUAAAAUGGUAGACUAUAAAUUAACUAUAAUUAAAGGUACAUUAUAAGAAGUACUUGUAAGUCAAAAUAAAUUCCAGCAUGUAACUACCUCAAUUAACACAGGAAAAAACGAGAAGACUUGAGCUGAAGGCAAAAGCCCAAACACAAGCGACAAUGUCAACUGAAUCAAAAUAAAAAAAUAAAAAAAAAAAUAUAUAAAAUAAUAAUUGUUUUGUAUAGGUAAAAAUAUAUAAAGAUUUAGUUUAUGAAUAAAAAUAAUUGUAUGUGUGUUUGAAAGGUAAUUUGAUAAAUUAUAUCUAGAUUCCAACAGAAAUCAAUUGAAAAAAGUUUUAUAUGUAUAUAUUUAGUUUUGAAUUACACCUUUUUCCUUAAUUUUUCUAGAUUCCCGCAAUUGAAAAAAGUUUUUAAUAUAUUUAGUUUUGAAUUACACCUCUUGAAAUUUUUUCGCAAACUAUGUCUGCCUACAACCGGUUUAGGCUAAUCAUAAAACAAACUUUAUAUGGAUUGUAAUAUCUAUGUCUGUGAUCACUUUUGUUUUCCAGAAUUUCCAGGGAUAUCAAUCCAGGAAUCGCAAACUUGAGAAAUUUGAGUCAGCUCUGGUUUCUUUUGGGAGCAGUUGGGGACGGCGGUAAGAUCAAGCCCGGACUCUUAUUUCACAUUUGUAAAUAUAAGUUGGAAGCGGGUAGCAAACACUUCAUUGGGCAUAGUAUGAUAGUUUUAUCCACGAAAUAAAGAAAACGUGCGUAUGGCUACGACAAAGUCCCCUGGCAAACAGUGAUACUUGGUAUGUGAAGCUACUUCAUUCAUUCAUUCACUGUUUUUAUGUUUUCCCUCUACCUUGCCCCGCUAAAUUAUUCGAAGUUGCCAAAACUGAGAAUUUGUAGCCGUUGGGUAGUCAUUAGUUGGUUACAUUAUCCAAUCUUUUCUCACUCAUUCAGAUGGAGAAAUUAACUAUCAUGGUCGCUCUGAUGAUGCUCGCCAGUCUACAGGUUCCAGGGUCAACGUCACAAGCUUAUCUCCAUCGGAUGCAUCAGGGGGGGAUAGCGGCAUAAACAACAUAAUUGUCCAUGGUAAAGUACACAGUGAAUAAGUCACUGAAAGUUAAGCAAAGAUUGUUCACACCGUCCUGCCUUAUUGCUUUGAAACUGAUAAGCUUCUCGUGCCUGAUUUGUUCGUUGAAAGUUGUGUCUUUAGUAUAAAGUGUAAUUUUUGUGUAACGUUUUAAAUUAUGAUGGAAUGAGUUCAAGAUUAAAAUGAUAAUUUACAACAGGUUAGCAAUGGAAUCCUGUAUUUGAAAAGGAUCUGCUCCUAUCUCAAUGAUCAAAUCUGACGAAGAACCCUAAAGAUAGAGUAUAUUUCGGUAUCAUUGAAGACAGGAUUUAUUGACUAAUUUUAGUUAGAAGUAGACUUUCAUUACCAUUUUCCUCAUUGUAGGCGCCCUCAUGACACUUGCUUGGAUUCUGUUUGCUUUUGUGGGUUUGUUCAUCGCGCGAUACAUGCGACAGGCCUGGGAACCAAGGGAAUUGUUAGGAAAGAAGGCCUGGUUUACGGUUGGUAUACCACUCCAUGCUUUUAUAUAUGAAAAGGCAAAUUUGAAAUUUUUUAGGAAUGAAACACUGAGCAAACUUCGAAGAUCACUCAGCCUUUCUUCUCAGACUUAAAGUGACUCACUUCUCUUCAGAAUGGUAAAGUCACAUAGGGAAUGAUGUUGAUUAAUUGACAGCUACAAUUUUCUAAUGUUGACAGUUCCCAUUUACCUUUAUAACACUUAUAACCGCAUGCCGCUUGAUGUUAACCUUGUUGAGGCCCUUUUAUAUUCUGUAAUCCGUUAUUCAAAUGAUGAAUGAUCGGCUCUAAGUGCCAGUAACUUUGUAAUGCAGCAGUGAUAAGCCUUACAGAUUCAUCGGCAUCGGAACAACUCUUAUCUUGACCGAAAGUAUAAAAUGUGUUUUCCGGGCCGAAAAUGCUAUCGAUUUCUUUUUCUUCCUCAACAGGUUCAUCGAACACUGAUGACGACAACAGUCCUGCUUACAAUUGCGGGAAUAAUUGUCAUAUUUGUUCACAAAAAAGAGUGGUCUUCGGUAAGCAGAGUUAUCAACUGCAAAUCAAAUUGCAAUAUUGAUGUUAUUAAUCCAUGUAGAUAGACCAGCUUAGUGAAAGCAGGUGUGCAAAAAAACAUUUCGUUAUUUGUUUUGAGCUCCAUUUUGAAAAUAACUCAUGUAAUAGUGCUGAAAGGAAAAAUAGAACUGCAUUGUAAUCAUGAGAGGAUAAGGUAUGUAAACCAUCUCUUCUUAGCACCUUAGCAAGCCCACAAAGCGAACAAAAUUUCAAAUCAGGUCCGCCUCGAUAUGUCAGCUAUUUCAUUCAUUUAUUUAUCAAUUUUUUUAAAAAUUUAUUUUAUGCUUGAUUUUUUUCUUUUCAUUUUUCUGUGUUUUAACAGAACGCUGGCGCACAUCCAUACCUUGGUAUCAUUGUCCUCGCUUUCGCAAUUGCGCAGCCAAUCAUGGCAGCAUUCAGACCACAUCCUGGCGAGCCUAGGUACCUGUGUUCAUCUUCAACUAUUACAUAAACAAUCUGAAUCCAAGGAAAUUCAUUCUGAAAAGCUGUAAAUUAUUUUUUGUUUUUAGCCUGAGAUGCUACUAUUUGACAAGCCAAAAGUAGUAUACUCACGAUACCUUUUCUUCAAAAAUAUUUGCGCGACUGUUAGCCAAGUCGACGGUCUCAAUUGUUGUUUUUCAGGAAAAAGAGCCUACGUAUGGUUAUGCAGGCUCGGUAGUUUUAUUUUUUUUUCAGUUAAGCGAUCGAGAAACGUAAAUAUUAUAACGAGUAUCAGAUAAUCAAGCAAUGUAAUCGAAAAUUUUGAUGUGUUAGACCUUCUCGAAAAGUCGGGUCACCCACCGAAAUUGCUGUGAUUUGCAAACUUAAAUCGUGUUCAGCCAAUAUCCCGUAGAUAUCUCAACUGAAAUUUUACACAAAAUAUAAUUUAUGCCGAUAAAGAUGAAACAUGACGUUUAAUUUCUUAAUUUUUUUUAACGCAGGCGCAACAUAUUUAACUGGGCACAUAGAUGUGUUGGUUUCACUGCACUGAUUCUUGGAGGUAAUUUCCGGCUACACGGCUGUAAAUCAGCUGUUGUAAAUGAUUUAACCAGUUCUUGAACAUUAGAAUUCUUUCCACGAAUUCAGAAACUAGAGACGAAGAGACUGAGCAAUAUGCAGAUGAGUUUUUAAGACAAAAAAAUAAUCGAUAAGUUAAUUGUUAACGGCUUUUUUAAAUGCAGUUGAAACUACCUAGUCAGAAAUAAACAGCAACGUUUGCUCGAUAUAUUGAACGUUACUGUCUCUGCAGGGUUUAAACGAUCGGGACGUAUCCAACUUUAAUUUUCUGUUUGCAGUGGUUACCAUUUAUCUUGGAUUAAAAGAAUUCGGCUUGGAUAGGGAAGGACUCUAUGCCGUGAUUUCCUUCUACAUUGGGGAGUUUCUUGUGUUCAUGUUUGAGCUGUAUCUCAUACUGUCCAAAAGGAGUCGUGAAAAGAAGUCUGGCCCAAUAAACAACGGAGGUGAGAGUUUGCUCCCUUACCCUUCUUUUUCGGUCAGGGGGUAGUGAUCUUAAUGACAGGGUAUCAUUUGCACAAGGUUAAUUAGAAGUGGUGGAGAAGGUGGAAGUAAAAAGUUGCUCUGAAUUCAUUUAAUAUGAUUACAGGGAGGGGGGGGAAAUUGGGGUUCCGUUUAAGGAUCGGACCUUAUCAUCUUCCGUAAUGCAGUCGCACAUAUGUUCUAUACCCGUGGGUCAGGAAGGGACUGUUGAAGGGCUGAAGGCCAUGAACUACAUUUUAAAGCAAAAAAGUGUUUAGCUGGCAUAUACCUCUAGAUAAUGAAUCAGCAAUGUCAGAAGUUGAGUGUCCAUAAAAAUUUUAGCCUUGGUCGUUUAAAAUUUAAUUCAUAUUUGUGACAGCUUCCUGCUUACCUACAAGCAGGUAAUGUAAUGAUUUUUUUUUUAUUUUCAAACUACCCGGGAAAGUAACUCGUCAAACAUAUUUUAAACUUAUUACAUACAGAUUUUCCCAUGGACCAACCUGGACAAGCCAAUCGAGCCCCACCCGAGCUUGAAAUGCCAACCAAGGUGCGUGAGUUCUGUGCAUCCUCAUGAUAGAACAGUCAUUAUUUGUCACCUUGAACGGGGGGGAGAGUUUUGAAUGUUGGGGGCGGUCACAAAUGACAGGCACUAAGUAAGGGGGAAGGAGGCAUGAAAAAAAAAAUAGAAAAAUAUUUGAAGCGGUUGGAUCAUUUGAUUACCGUUUUGAUUAUCUUGUACUUUCAGCUGAGUUUUCUUGUUCAAACAACAACAACAGAAGUAAGAAAUAUAUCAUAUAUCAACAAGAGUUUAUUGUGACGGCUUCGUCCCCCAACGCGUCUUUAAUUGGCAUUCUCUUGGACGCAUUCUUCCACCGACUCGUGAAUAACAUCCUCCUGUGACUCUGCUUUUUUCGUUUAAACUGGCUACUAUUACCUGCACAUUACGGGCACUGUUUGUAUUAAAAAGGCCUUUGUCUAGCAGCCGUAGCAGAGGGUAGAGAUGAAGAAGCCUGACCAAUUUUCUGAUGAACUCAGCAUCUAAUUGUGGUUGCGAUGCUUGUAAAAUUAUUGUUAUUUUUGAUUGCAGCUAGCUCUCUUAGGGUGAGAUUUUCGAUAAGCAAGCAUGCCCUCUGUUGUAAACUCUUCUCCUUUAAUUUUUCACCUUUUUUUUUUCUCUUUUCUCCUGCACGAUUGUAGAUCUUUACAAAUGCGUGAUGGAGACUUCCUUUUCAGUUGUCAGCUUAUUUGAGGCUUUUUGAAAUUAUUCGUGGAGCAUCUUUUCUCGAUCGUUCUUGAACUCCCUGAAAAUAUUUUACCUCGUCAUUUCCAAAGGGUUUUAAACUAUGGCAUUUUCUACAAAGGACUUUUCACUUGCUGUUGAUGAAUGAUAACAAAUCUGGAGUAAUUUACAGUCAUUUACAGUGGCCAAGCAGGACUCGCACUUGACAACGAUAUCACUACUUUUUCAACCAUCCACGCGUACCAUGAAUUUUGUGAUGUUUUGGCAAACUCCCCACUUCUCGUUCCUCAGACGAUUCUUUUCCCUAUUUAACGUAUCUUUUAUUUUUGUGUCUAACUGCCAUCGUGUUUACUGUUUUGAGGGAGAUAUCGUUUGAAUCCGCCUCGUUUACUACAAAGUGCAGAUUCAUGAAUCUGCUUAACAACACUGUAGUAAAUUUUCAACCUAUCGGUAUGUGGGGAUAGGGGGAUAGGGGGAUAGGGGGAUAGGGGGAUAGGAAUGAGAUCGUGACAUUGGCUUUUUGUGGUGGAUGGGAGACAAGAAGAAGAAGGGGGCGGGGUUCAUGAAUUCCUCCUCAUCCCCCCCCCCCCCAUCAAACUGAUAAGACUAUCAAACACGUGGCACGUGAUGCUUUGUCCAAAGACUAAACCGUUUUUUCGUCGAGGUUUAGGGUAUGGGAAUCUACGGUCCAAGACCAGUGAGCCUACGAAUUUUCCGACUGUCAUUUUCCUCGAAAAAUUGUUAUUUGCUAUCGAUAGGCCUAUUAUCUAUUUGCAGCUCUUGAAAUUAUAAUAGAAAUUAAUGUCCAUUUUUAUCUAUUUACAGGAAAAAAUGAUUCGUACCAUGAUGUUCGUUUUCGUUGUACUUCUUGGAAUUAGCGUGGCAUUAACCAUAAUCCUGCUCAUGGUGCUUAAAUAG